CUGGUGCGACGAACAGCCCCCUCAACGUCGAACAUCUUUCAAGAGAGCUCACAAAGCAUUGUUCGCGGAGAAGAGCUCAAAGGAGCCCAUGCCUACAUAAUGGCCGAGAGCCAAUCCUCCAGCGAAAUCGAAUUCGUCGCCGACAUGGAUUCUGCCGCCAGUACCAGCAAGGCGAACGAAGAUGCCAAGAUCGAGGAAGCGCCAGUCACCACUCCUACGUUGGGCUUGCCCUACAAGCCGACCCCAGCCAAGACUUUGGGCCAGAAGCAGAACUACGAGCUCGCGCUGGUCGCCAUGAACAGUCCCGGCACCUUCAAGCAAAAGCACAGCAACCAGUUCCCUCCCACCGAGCCCUCUUCGCUUCAGUUCACCAGCGAGAACUUGCCCAACCAGGCCACUUCAGAGUUUGCAGCCGUCGCCGACCCCAACAUCCCAGAUAUCUAUGUUAAGAACACAGACACGGGAUCCGUUCAAGAAAGCUCCGGUGGCAGCGUCUUCCCCGCCUCGGCCCUCCGAUCCCCGCGCCACCUCCGUGUGAACGACCUUGUCCGCGACCAGGGGGCCCCUCGCCAGCGCAUCACCAUCGAUGGCGGCAAGCACUUUUGGGAUAGGGUCGACCGUCUCCUCGGCCUCAACCGGGUUAGAUCCUCCGGUGAGGACGUGGGCGACUGGAGACGUUCGGCCAAGCUGACCGUGUACCGGGCCAUACUCAUCUUCGGCUUUCUCAUGAUGCUCAGCCUGAUAACGUCGGUUGUGCUGUUUGUGGUCUUGGGUGAAAUGGGCAAGGAGCUGGACCCGGCUUGGUUCGUGUGGAUUGGUGUCAGCGGCGCGGGCCUGAUUGGUUCCAUUUUGGCGUUCAUCAUGGCGAAUCGGCAGAGGAACCGAGCUAGAUUCGAGGAGGAGAUUGCGCGGCAGAGCAGGGCUAUUGCGCAGCGCCGGACGCUGCUCGGUGGAAGCGAUGUCGACAUCGAGAUGAAUGUGGUCAGCAGCCCUAGCAACAACGAGCAGCAGGUCCAGCGGAGUGCGGCUGCUGCUGCUGCUUCUGUUGCUGCCGCAGUCGGUACAUCGCAGGGUCGAGAGACUCAGGGCUGA